AUGGGAAGCGGCGCCCCCUGGUGGGAAGCUGUGAGCUUUGCGGAGGUGGCCGUGUAUUUCAGCAGGGAGGAGUGGGCGCUGCUGGACCCUGCGCAGCGAGCGCUGUACCGGGACGUGAUGCUGGAGACGUACCAGUGCGUGGCCUCGCUGGCUCCACUUCCAGCCCCCAAACCCGUGCUGAUCUCCCUGCUUGAAGGAGAGGAAGAGCCCUGGAUCCCAGAUGUGCGUAGCCCUGAGGCCGUGCCAGGAGACCUCAGCCCAGGAACUGGGAUUGCAGAUAUGCUGGAGGACCUGGAGGAAAGUGGUGUGGCCGAAAGGCGGUGGGGUGGUGUUUGUGUGGAAGAAAUGAGAAGGGAUGUCCAAGGAGGCCUGGAGCAAGGUCAGGGUGAGCAGAUCAUGGAGCCACUGGGAAAGGGUCUGGGAAAGGCAGGGAGGAGCCCGUUGGACUUCAACAUCAGUCAAAAGGAUCCUGAAGAACCCAGGAACAAGAAUAUGUGCCAGCAGAAAAAGCAGAAUCCAUGCACUGAGUGUGGAAAUAGCUUUGAAAAAGAUUCCAGCAUCGUUAACCACCAGUGCAUGCGCUCAGCAAUGAGUCCAUACAAGUGCUCUGAUUGUGGGAAGAGCUUCAAAUGGACAUCCCACCUCACCUACCACCACCACAUCCACAAGGAGAGAGACCCUACAGGUGCUCUGAGUGUGGGAAGAGCUUCAACAGCCAUGUUGAAUUGA